AUGGCGCUGCGGAGGGGCGGCGGGGCGCCGGGGCUGCUGCUGCUGCUGCUGGGCACCGCGUGCCUGACACCGCCGAGCGCGCAGGUGAGGCGGCUGGUGCGCUGCCCCGCCACUUGCAGCUGUACCAAGGAGUCCAUCAUCUGCGUGGGCUCCUCCUGGGUGCCCAGGAUCGUGCCGGGCGACAUCAGCUCCUUGAGCCUGGUAAAUGGAACCUUCUCAGAAAUCAAGGACCGGAUGUUUUCCCAUCUGCCUUCUCUGCAGUUGCUAUUGCUGAAUUCUAACUCGUUCACAGUCAUCCGGGAUGAUGCUUUUGCUGGACUCUUUCAUCUUGAAUACCUGUUCAUUGAAGGGAACAAAAUAGAAACAAUUUCGAGAAACGCCUUCCGUGGCCUCCGUGACCUGACUCACCUUUCUCUGGCCAACAACCACAUAAAAGCACUCCCAAGGGAUGUCUUCAGUGAUUUAGACUCUUUGAUUGAACUAGAUUUGAGGGGCAAUAAGUUUGAAUGUGACUGCAAAGCCAAGUGGUUGUAUCUGUGGUUGAAGAUGACGAAUUCCACUGUUUCUGAUGUCCUGUGUAUCGGUCCGCCAGAAUAUCAGGAAAAGAAGCUGAAUGACGUGACCAGCUUUGACUAUGAAUGCACAACUACAGAUUUUGUUGUUCAUCAGACUCUGCCCUACCAGUCCGUUUCAGUGGAUACGUUCAACUCCAAGAAUGACGUGUACGUGGCCAUCGCUCAGCCUAGCAUGGAGAACUGCAUGGUGCUGGAAUGGGACCACAUCGAAAUGAAUUUCCGGAGCUAUGACAACAUUACAGGUCAGUCCAUCGUGGGCUGCAAGGCCAUCCUCAUCGACGAGCAGGUCUUUGUGGUGGUGGCCCAGCUCUUCGGCGGCUCUCACAUUUACAGAUACGACGAGAGCUGGACCAAGUUUGUCAAGUUCCAAGACAUAGAGGUCUCUCGCAUUUCCAAGCCCAACGACAUCGAGCUGUUUCAGAUCGAGGACGAGACGUUCUUCGUCAUCGCCGACAGCUCCAAAGCCGGUCUGUCCACCGUGUACAAAUGGAACAGCAAAGGAUUCUACUCAUACCAGUCCCUGCACGAGUGGUUCAGGGACACGGAUGCUGAGUUUGUGGACAUAGACGGGAAGUCACACCUGAUCCUGUCCAGCCGCUCCCAGGUCCCCAUCAUCCUCCAGUGGAAUAAGAGUUCCAAGAAGUUUGUCCCCCACAGUGACAUCCCCAACAUGGAGGACGUGCUGGCUGUAAAGAGCUUCCGGAUGCAGAACGCCCUCUACCUCUCCCUCACCCGCUUCAUCGGGGACUCCAGGGUCAUGAGAUGGAAUAGCAAGCAGUUCGUGGAGAUCCAGGCUCUACCCUCCCGGGGGGCCAUGACCCUGCAGCCCUUUUCUUUUAAAGAGAAUCACUACCUGGCCCUGGGGAGCGACUACACGUUCUCCCAGAUAUACCAGUGGGAUAAAGAGAAGCAGUUCUUCAAAAAAUUUAAGGAGAUUUAUGUGCAGGCGCCUCGUUCCUUCACAGCCGUCUCCACUGACAGGAGAGAUUUCUUUUUCGCAUCCAGUUUCAAAGGGAAAACAAAGAUUUUUGAACACAUAGUUGUCGACUUAAGUUUGUGA